UGAAGUCAUGCAGAGCACUGCUGUUCUGAUUCUCAGCAGUUCAUGUGAGCUUCAGUAACCUGCUCAACAGGUAGAGUCACACCUUGUUCUAUUUUAAGGCGUCCAAUCACGUCAGCGAGGCUGGGCUGGGCUGCAUAUAUCAGAGGACACUUCCUCUGGGCUGCAUCCUCACUGAUCUCUGUCACCAAGCCCAGGGACACUUCAGAGCAGCAUCUGUCUUAUUUCAAACAGCUUUUAUUUAUAGAGGGGUGACUAUACAGGACUGAUCAUCUAAACAGAAGAGUCAAGGAGUGUUGUUUAAAGGUCGGAGAUAUGAUUCCUGCCAUUAUACUGGUGGCCCUGUUCCUGCUGUUCCAUUCGGAGCCAAGCAAUGCUCAAAACAACACUAACGUGUCUUCUGUGCCUUCCGGCUGUGGGAGUAACCUUGGUUCAGACUAUUAUUUACUGUGUGAUAAAAAUUCCAGCUGGGGAAUCAUUCUGGAAACCUUGGCAACUGCUGGCAUCGUCGUCUCACUGGUUUUAAUAGUCAUCCUAGUGGGAUGCAUUCCGUUUGUGAAGGACUGCAGGAAAAGGGCCAAUGCUGCAUUGCUGUUCUUUUUCCUGCUGGGCACAUUUGGCCUGUUUGGCUUAACUUUCGCAUUCAUCAUCAAAUCAAAUGAAAGGACCUGUCCAACUCGUAUCUUUCUAUUUGGGGUCCUGUUUGCAAUGUGCUUCUCCUCCCUUUUUUGCCAUAAUUUGCGACUCAUGGGCCUGGUGCGCAAUGGAAAGGGCUUUGUGACGGGAGGCUGGGCAGUCACUUUGCUCAUCGCCCUGACCCUUGUCCAGGUGAUUAUCGCAAUUGAGUGGCUGAUCACAGUCCUGGUGCGAGACAACCUACCCUGCAACUAUUUCCAAUACGAGUUUGUCACAUUGCUCAUCUAUGUGAUGUUUCUGCUGGUGCUGGCCUGGAUAACGUCCCUGUUUGUAUUCUGUGGGGUACACAAAGAAUGGAAGAAGCAUGGAGCUUUUGUGUUUCUCACCACUGACUUGACUGUAUGCAUAUGGGUGGUGUGGAUCAUCAUGCUUACCCGGGGAAAUGUGGAUUUAAACAAACGGCCACUUUGGGAUGACCCAGUGCUUAGCAUUGCUCUUGUCUCAAAUGCCUGGGUUUUCAUCCUCUUCUACGUGAUUCCAGAGAUUCACUACCUGAACUGCGGCAACAAGGAUGACAUGUACGACGAUGCAGCUUCUGCAAUGCCGACCCUUACAUACCAGAAACAUGGCCUGGAAAACAAAAUGUUCAGAAAAGACGAAGGUGACGAUGAUGUCCCCAAAGAUAAGCACCUUUAUAUGGAUUCACCCUAUGAUUCAACACUGCCCAUGCAGAACCUGGGACCAAGCCGUGACUUUUCUAUCCCUCGUCCUCACACAAGAAAUGCACAAAAUGGGCCUGAGCACCCUUAUAAUGAGUAUUAUGGUCGUAAGCCAUAGAUUAAUUAAACAAAAACUUCACUGCCUCCUGUUGGCAUAGCCAUGGACUUAAGUGCAUUCAGACCGAAGCUUGAUUUGGAUGAAGUAUUCCUGUGCAAUGCGUCCUCACUACUAUUGCUCUUCACCAAAGUAUAGCCCUGAUGUCUCUUCAUCUGUUAUCUACUUGGUGAAAAUAUUCAUCUAGAUGUCUCUCAAUGAAGUAUUCAAAGCCCUUUUCUCAGCUCUUUGUGAAAUUAAAACAAUUGAAAUGGGGGGCUGGGGGUCAGAGGGGACUUAAUAAGUGAAAAUGUGUGUGUAGACACUCGUUUUCAAGGUAGUUCUGUAGGUUCUGCAGCUUUAUUGGCAGAAUAACCUUAGUUGGCACAUAUCAAUAGAUUUAUAUGCUUAUUUGUUAAAAACAUAUUGAUUAAAUUGGGUGGAGAGGAUAGGCAAAUAAAGACCAGCAGCAGAGGAUGAAAACCCAAACUAAAAAGGUCCAUCUAAGCACAGUAGCUUAACUCCUAUCCUGGGAAGUCCAAAAACAGUUCCAGUCUACAGAGUGUAAGAUGCCUUCCAAUAGGUUGCCAACGGCUUUUAAUAAUUAUGUUCUGAUAAUGCUAAAUUAAGAAUAAAAAAAUAAAAAAUCACUGUGCACUUUAUAUCUCCUACCUAUGGGAGGUGCAUUGUAUUCUUGGAAAGUGGUGAUCCCCCACACAAAAAACUACCUUAGUCUUUCUAUUAGCAUACAGCAUGCACCGAUUUAUCCUUCUUGCUUCAUUCCAAUGCUUUCCUUCAACAAAUCUUCCCCAGUUUGAAGAUUUUAGCCCACAUGACAUUUCUAGAUAAUGCACCCCAGUGUGUCAAUUGUUGUGGUAAGAGAAUAUAAUGGGUGAGUAGCUCCCCAGGUGGCUUUGUGAAUUUAUUCUUUUUUGUUACUGAAAAGACAGCAGCAUCCAAGAGACUGAGAAACAUGGCCAAGUACAUGUGCUCCUGCAAAAGGAAGAGAAAUAAGGAAUGAUCAGACGCCCGCCUUAUUCUGCAUUUAAAACAAUGACGGGCUUGAGAGAUGGCACUGGGUGUGGACCUUCAUGUGAAGCUCACCCAGCAUUCCUACCAUAUGAGAGCUGAUGACUGUCACCGAUGGCACCCAUAUAGCACAUUUGGGAUGAUCCUGUGCCAGCUGAGUGAAGAGUAAAGGCUGUUUUCAUCUUAACAACAGCUCUAUGUAAGCCUCAAGUGGCAACACAAAUUCCUUUAUUUGUAAUUGUUUUAUGCACUCAUAAAUCUGUCUCCUGCUCUACAAUUUAUUAUUAAUAUUAAUGCAUCAAUCAUCUUAAGGGCUUUAUCAUGUCCAGCUCUUCUUUCUGUAAAUAAUAUAUUUUUUAUUUAUAUUGGCUAUACAUUCAGACUUGUUCUUCCCAAGAACAAAACAACUAAUUAAGAAAGCCUUCAAAUACAGCAUUGAUUAGUGUAUAUUCCAGAAUUGUAUAUUACUUUACUUUGCUGUUAGUAAGUGAUGCAUUGCUGUUUUGUUAAUUUAUUCUAUUAAACUUAUUUUGUGUUAAAUAACAAUAGAAUCAUGGUGUUUAUAAUAAAGGUGUUUAUGAAUGUA